AAUGCAUUUCUCCAGUUGCCAAUGUUCUUUGGUUCAGGGAGAGGAACAGUGAUUGCAAGUCGUGUGGUGUGUUCAGUUGUUUGUACCGAUAAUUCAUUCAUUUUCUCUCAGGAGCAACUUUUGUGUUGGAAUAUACCUCAGCGAAAAUGGAGAUCGGGACAGAAAUCAGCAAGAAAAUACGGGCUGCUAUCAAAGGAAAACUGCAGGAACUCGGUGCUUAUGUUGACGAAGAACUCCCUGAUUACAUAAUGGUCAUGGUGGCCAACAAGAAAAAUGCACAGCAAAUGGCAGAUGACCUGUCCCUUUUCCUCGGAAACAACACAAUCAAGUUCACAGUUUGGUUACAUGGUGUCUUGGAAAAACUUAGAUCGGUUGCAGUUGAGCCGACAUCCCUCAGGUCACAGAUUGACUCAGACGCAAGUGUACCUGUCUCCAAAAGCCGCGAAGGGGAGAGGAGGGGGGAGGACUUUAGGGCCCUGACGGUGUCCAGCUCGCGCUCUGACAGGACAGAAGCUCGUGUCUCCAGCUCUGCCCAUGACGGCCAAAGCAGGAGAGGGUCUUCGGACAAGAAUGCCUCGAGGCUGACUUCCGCUGUCAAGCCUUUGAUGGAACUCCACUCCGCGGAAGCAGUCAUCGACAUCAAACCCGACCUGGACGACGACCUCAUCACGGAGGACCACGCCGAGAUGACCAUGACUUCAGGCCGCCUGCGCGUCACCUCGGGGCGCUCCAUGGCCGAGCUCCACAGGUCACGGGUGCCGCCUGGGGCUUCGUUCCGCAGUUCAGGCAGGACGGCAGGGGGGUCCAGGCCCUCAGACGAGCGUUUCUACUCAGCCUACGGCCGCAGCUCCAGGAGCAGGGGAGGAGAGGGCAGUGGUAGCAGCAGCAGCAAGGACGAGCUGUCCCGAAAGCGGAGCCCCGUGGCGAGUUCAGUGGUGCGGGUUCAGAGAGGUACAGACGAAGGCCAGGACAGCGACGAUGUGGAUGAAGAUGAGGAGGAGGAGUACGGCACAAGGAGCGGUAUCUCCAGCAGAGUGUCCCUUCCAUCCAAACCAGAGCGCAAGCCCUCUCUUCCCCCAGCCAAGCAGGCCAACAAAAACCUGCUCAUGAAGGCCAUCUCAGAAGCACAGCAGUCUAUUUCAAAGACGACCAGUUACACAACAAGGCCUACCACAGUUCCACAGAGACAGACGGUUCCAGUGGCCCCACGCACCCGUCCCACCACCGACGAGAUGAAGAGUGCCAUCCGAUUCGUCCAGGAGCAGCUGCAAGGGCUCAUCCCUCCAGAGGCUCAACAAGUUUCUUCAGGUCAGUCCAGGUCACUGUCCUCUCGGCUCCAGCUCCAGGAAGUGGAGGAGGAAGAGGAGCUGCCCCAGCAACCAGACUAUGAGGCCCAGCUGUAUGACAUGGACAGACUGAAGCCCUUUGACACGCGCUCAUUUAUCGUGAAGAGGCCGGUGCUGGAGGAGACACCCUCGGUCAAGAGCAGGCUGGGCACAGCCGUCCAGCAACAGGAGGUCCCAUCCACUCCCACCCCUACCCUCACCCUCACCCCCACCCCCACCCCAAUCCCCAUCUCCACCCUCACCCCCACCCCCAUCCCCACCCUCACCACCACCCUCCGGAUGGUCCAGCCCAGGGAUCGAACUGAGGCGGCCCCUGCGAGUCCGAAGUUCAUCGUGACCCUGGAUGGGGUACCCAGCCCACUGGCCCAUCGGGGCGACCAGGACAUGGAGGUGGAUGACGACGGGACCAGAGUGGACCCGGCCGCCGAGCCACCCACCCCGGCGCUGAAGAUCCGAGAACGGCUCGGUGCCCACCAGCGGCUGCAGAAGAACCUCAGCUACUCAGACGAUGAGGGCAUGGAUGCAGAGGACAGCGAGAUGAUGGAGCAGGAGCCCAUCCCUGUGAAGCGACAGAAAGGUCUGGAACGCUGCAAGUUUUGGCCAGUCUGUAAAAGUGGAGAUGUCUGUGUAUACCACCACCCAACCACCCAGUGCAAAACCUUCCCCAACUGUAAGUUUGGUGACAAGUGCCUGUUCGUCCACCCCAACUGUAAGUUCGAUGCCAAGUGUAAGAAACCUGACUGCCCGUUCACGCACGUCAGUCGGCGAGGAGCACCCCACCCACCUCGACCAGUGGCAGCAGCUGCAGCACAGCCCGCCACCGUCUGCCGCUUCUUCCCAGACUGCAAGAAGAUGGACUGUUCGUUUUAUCAUCCAAAACCCUGCAAGUUUGCUGGCCAGUGCAAACGCUCAGGAUGCAGCUUCUAUCACCCCUCCACCUCCGUGCCCCCGCGUCACGCUUUAAAGUGGACGAAGGCUCAGACCAGUUAAAGAAGAAUCAGACACCUGCCGAAGACAAUGUUGCCAUGACAACACGUUUGGAUUUGUUAGUUUCAAUAGAUUGUUCAGUAAUUUUAGUUGUUUUGAAUUUGUCUCGUCCUGAUUUUUGUUUGACCAGAUUUUUAAAAAAAAUAUUCAAAUGAGCAAUUUUUGUUUUCUAAAGCUCUGCACAUUUUUUUUCUCGAAAUGUUGUCCGUGCAGUAAAGCGAUCUAUAGUACA